AUGGCUCUCGACCACAACUUUACCCGACCGUUGCUUGAUGGCAGUUGCGAGCUGCACGUUGAAGACGGACGACAUGCAGUCGUGGAAGCUGCACACCUUCGAGGCAAAAAUGCUCGAAGCAUGCGUACUUUUGUGCCCAACAGUCUCCACCUGGCAGCAGCCCCAGUGGGUUCUUGCUGGUUGCUUACAGGCCCUAACAUGGGCGGAAAGAGCACCUUCCUGCGGCAAAGUGCGCAUCUUGUGAUCCUGGCGCAAAUGGGUAGCUUUGUACCGGCGAAAUUUGCUCGUGUCGGCCUGGUUGACAAGCUUUUCUGUCGGGUUGGAUCAGCAGAUGAUUUGGCAGCUGACAAAAGCACAUUUAUGGUAGAAAUGCAAGAGACCGCGACAGUCCUGACGCAGGCAACCAGUCGUUCUCUAGUUGUAAUGGAUGAAGUGGGCCGCGGCACUGCUGUAAAUGAUGGUAUUGCAAUAGCUGGAGCUGUUCUCGAGACAUUAUGUGCAAGACAGACUCGGACAUUAUUUGCCACGCAUUUCACUGCGUUGAGCAGCUUGGUUGGCGGUACGUGUUCAGGAAAUCUCCGGCCGUAUCGAAUGGAAGUUAUCGAGCACCACGUUGAAGGCCAAACGAAACAACUUGUGUUUUCGCACCGGGUAGUGGAAGGCCUUGCUUCCCAGUCGUAUGGAGUCAACACUGCUGCUCUUGCUGGGUGUCCACCAAACGUGGUCGCACGUGCAACGGAGCUACUGAGUGAACUCACUCAAGAUCAAGACAAAAGUGCGUGUCACGACUGA